AUGGAGUUUUCUAAGCUUUUCAUUGUCCUUUUCAUUUUUCAAAUUCUGUUUCCUUGCAACACGUCAACCCAAGCAGCUCCUUCAAAUUCGAACCUCUUCCGAGAAUACAUAGGAGCUGAAUUCAAUAAUGUUAAAUUCAGUGAUGUUCCCAUUAAUUCAAAUGUUGAGUUCCACUUCAUUCUCUCAUUUGCCAUAGACUACGACACCUCAAGCUCUCCUUCUCCUACAAAUGGGAAGUUCAAUGUGUUUUGGGACUCCGAUAACCUCGGUCCAUCCCAGGUUUCUUCCAUCAAGAGCAGCCAUUCAAAUGUUAAAGUAGCUUUGAGCUUGGGAGGGGACAGUGUGGGAGAUGGCUCUGCUUAUUUCAACCCUUCCUCUGUAGAUUCUUGGGUUUCCAAUGCAGUUUCUUCACUCACUGAUAUCAUCCGACAAUACAACUUGGAUGGGAUUGAUAUUGACUAUGAGCACUUCAAUGCUGACCCUGACACUUUCGCAGAGUGCAUUGGCCAACUUGUAAAAACCCUCAAGAAGAACGGUCUAAUCUCUUUUGCUUCCAUAGCUCCAUUUGAUGACGAUGAUGUUCAAAGCCAUUACAAGGCCUUGUGGAAAAGCUAUGGUGACCUCAUAGACUACGUCAAUUUCCAGUUCUAUGCCUACGAUCAAGGAACAACAGUCUCUCAGUUUAUCAAUUACUUCAACACCCAAAGUUCUAACUACAACGGUGGUAACGUUUUAGCCAGCUUUAUAAGCGAUGGGAGCGGUGGCUUGACACCGGAAAACGGCUUCUUUACCGCCUGCAAUAGGCUCAAGAGUCAGAACAAACUCCAUGGUAUAUUCAUUUGGUCUGCAGAUGACUCAAAGAAAAAUGGUUUCCGCUAUGAGAAGCAAUCACAAGCUCUGCUUGCAAUUUCCCACUAGUGUUUUUAUGUUAUCUACUUUUAUAAAAGCACUGAAUAUGAGUUAAACAUUUACAUUAGGGGAUGUACUAUUAUAGAUGUAUUGCCUUUUAUUGUAUAAAUAUAUGCCUGAUAUCUGU